UGACCCGGGAGCUGAAGCGCGGCUGUUGUUGGGGAGCAGCAGCAGCGGGCUGUCGGCUGGAGCUUUACUGAGGUUUACUGAGCUGAGGAGAGCCGGAGACCCGCCACCAUGUCUCGGGGAUCUAUAGAAAUCCCCCUGCGGGACACGGACGAGGUGAUUGAGCUUGAUUUCGAUCAGCUACCAGAAGGAGACGAAGUCAUCAGUAUCCUCAAACAAGAACACACACAGCUGCACAUAUGGAUAGCACUUGCUCUGGAGUACUACAAGCAGGGAAAGACGGAGGACUUUGUGAAGCUGCUGGAGGCGGCUCGUAUCGAUGGAAACCUCGACUACAGAGAUCACGAGAAGGACCAGAUGACUUGUCUCGACACGUUAGCUGCGUACUAUGUGCAGCAGGCUCGCAAAGAGAAGAACAAAGAUGCAAAGAAGGAUCUCAUCAACCAGUCCACCCUGCUUUACACCAUGGCAGACAAGAUCAUCAUGUACGAUCAGAACCACUUGCUGGGAAGAGCUUGUUUUUGCCUGUUGGAAGGGGAUAAGAUGGAUCAGGCAGAUGCCCAGUUUCAUUUCGUCUUGAACCAGUCCACAAACAAUAUACCGGCACUAUUGGGUAAAGCUUGCAUUUCCUUCAACAAAAAGGAUUACAGGGGAGCUUUGGCCUACUAUAAAAAAGCACUACGCACAAACCCAGGCUGUCCAGCUGAAGUGAGGCUUGGAAUGGGGCACUGCUUCGUGAAGCUCAACAAGCUGGAGAAAGCUCGCCUGGCUUUCGGUCGUGCGCUGGAGCUCAACUCCAAGUGUGUGGGAGCUCUGGUUGGUCUGGCCGUUCUGGAGCUCAACAACAAAGAGGCUGACUCCAUCAAGAACGGAGUUCAGCUGCUCUCCAGAGCGUACACCAUCGACCCCAGCAACCCCAUGGUGCUCAACCACCUGGCGAAUCACUUUUUCUUCAAAAAGGACUACAGCAAAGUACAGCACUUGGCUCUUCAUGCCUUUCACAACACAGAGGUUGAAGCCAUGCAGGCUGAAAGCUGCUAUCAGCUGGCCCGCUCUUUCCACGUUCAGGAGGACUACGACCAGGCUUUUCAGUACUACUACCAAGCCACUCAGUUUGCCUCGUCCACCUUCGUGCUGCCGUUCUUUGGUCUGGGUCAGAUGUACGUGUACCGCAGAGACAAAGAAAACGCUGCACAGUGCUUCGAGAAGGUCUUGAAAGCUUACCCAAAUAACUACGAGACCAUGAAGAUCCUCGGGUCACUUUAUGCCACCUCAGAUGACCAGGAGAAGAGGGAUAUUGCUAAAGGCCAUCUAAAGAAAGUCACAGAGCAGUAUCCUGAUGAUGUAGAGGCCUGGAUUGAGCUUGCACAGAUUCUGGAACAGACAGACAUCCAGGGAGCGUUGUCUGCGUACGGCACGGCUACACGCAUUCUUCAGGAGAAGGUUCAGGCUGACGUUCCUCCUGAGAUUCUCAACAAUUUGGGGGCUUUGCAUUUUAGACUGGGCAACCUUGGAGAAGCAAAGAAAUACUUCCUGGCCUCUCUGGAAAGAGCCAAAGCUGAGGGAGAACACGACGAGCAUUACUACAAUGCCAUCUCCGUCACCACCUCCUACAACCUGGCACGACUCUACGAAGCCAUGUGCGAGUUCCAUGAGGCUGAGAAGCUGUACAAGAACAUCCUGAGAGAGCAUCCAAAUUAUGUAGACUGUUACUUGCGCCUUGGUGCCAUGGCUCGUGACAAGGGCAACUUCUAUGAGGCUUCAGAUUGGUUUAAAGAAGCUCUACAGAUCAACCAGGAUCACCCUGAUGCUUGGUCCCUGAUUGGAAAUCUCCACUUGGCCAAGCAGGAGUGGGGUCCAGGCCAGAAGAAGUUUGAACGCAUCCUGAAGCAGCCUUCUACACAGAACGAUACCUAUUCCAUGCUGGCACUGGGCAACGUGUGGCUGCAGACACUGCACCAGCCCACGAGAGAUCGGGAAAAGGAAAAGAGACACCAAGAUCGAGCGCUAGCCAUUUAUAAGCAAGUGCUGAGGAAUGAUUCCAAAAAUCUGUAUGCUGCCAAUGGUAUCGGGGCUGUUUUGGCUCACAAAGGCUAUUACCGAGAGGCUCGUGAUGUGUUUGCCCAAGUCAGGGAGGCGACUGCUGAUAUCAGUGAUGUCUGGCUGAACUUGGCACAUAUUUACGUGGAGCAGAAGCAGUACAUCAGUGCUGUGCAGAUGUACGAGAACUGCCUGAAGAAAUUCUACAAGUACCAGAACACAGAAGUGCUGCUGUAUCUGGCGCGAGCUCUGUUUAAGUGCGGGAAGCUGCAGGAGUGCAAACAGAUGCUACUGAGGGCUCGUCAUGUGGCACCCAAUGACACAGUGUUGAUGUUCAACAUUGCCCUGGUGCUGCAGAGAUUGGCCACGCUGGUGCUGAAGGACGAGAAGAGUAACCUGAAAGCUGUGCUGAGUGCUGUGAAGGAGCUGGAGCUGGCCCACAGGUACUUCAGCUAUCUCAGUAAAGCAGGAGACAAGAUGAGGUUCGACCUGGCUCUCGCAUCCAGUGAAGCAAGGCAGUGCUCGGACUUGCUGAGCCAGGCGCAGUACCACGUGGCCCGAGCCCGUAAGCAGGACGAGGAGGAGAAGGAGCUGCGGGCCAAACAGGACCAGGAGAGAGAGCUGCUGAGGCAGCAACUCGUCAAAGAACAGGAGGAGAAGAAGAUCAAGGAGGCUGAGGAGCAGAAGAAGCUGCUGGAGCAGAGAGCUCAGUACGUGGAGAAGACCAAGAACCUGCUGAACUUCACUGAGGAGAUGAAGGAGUCUUCCAAGGAGAAGAAGAAGGGAGGAGGCGGUGGUGGACGGCGCAAAAAAGGAGGGGAGUAUGAUGACUUCGUUAACGACGACUCCGACGAAGAUCUGCCCCUCAAGAAGAGGAAGAAGAAGAAGCCACGCAGCGGGAGUGAACAGGAGGAGGAGGGAGGAGAGGAGGGUGAGACGAAACCUCGCAAGAAGAGGAGAAGACCAGCUAAAGGAGAAGAUGGGAGUGAUGACGAGGAGGGAGGCUCAAGACCCAAGAAACAGCGCAAACCCAGAGAGCGCAAGAAGAUUGAGAGGUCCAAACCUGAGCGCAUGCCACCGUCUCUUAAAGGAAAGAUCAAAUCCAAAGCCAUCAUUUCCUCCUCUGACUCUUCUUCUGAUGAGGAUGGCCUGAAGAUUGCAGAGGACAGGAACCCUCGGGACAGCGGUUCCGGAUCAGAUGAGGGGGGGCACCGGAAGCGCAUCGCGUCCGACAGCGAGUCGGAUCAGGGGCGUAAACGCUCGGGCAGCGAGGCGGGCAGCCCCCGCCGCUCCGCCAACUCCGACGACGACUCCGGCGCCGAGCGGCCGGUGAAGAGGAGGAGACCGCGGCCGCAGUCCGACUCUGAGCAAUCAGACAACGAGAGCAAGAGGAGCCGAUCCGAGGGAUCAGAGGACGAGUCCCGCCGCGGCUCUCCUGCUCCGGCCUCCGAUCAGGCCUCAGAUAACGAGGGAUCCCCGCGCCGCUCAGACAACGAGUCCGAACCAGAGGGGUCCAACAACGAGGCCUCCAACCGAGGCUCUGACGAGGACAGUGACUGAGUCUGAUGAUGCCACAGAAUGAUCUCUUUUUUUUUUUUGUUUUGCUUUUGUCAUGAUGUCCAUGAUCCUGGGGGGACGCCUUAUACAAUUUCUGUUAUCUGGAAGCUUGAGCCACAUGUGAGGAAUUCCUACUAUCGGUGUUCAUCCUGUUUUUCUAUUGGACGGGCUUAAUUUUGAGCUUAAUUUCUAUAAUCGAGAAAAGCGUUAUUUGUGAAAUGCCAUCCAGAGUCGAUGUAUUUUGUUUCCUACCCAUUGUACCACCUUAGAUUUUUUAGAUAUCAUGACUUCAUGUUUUUUUUUUUUUUUUUUCGGACAUUAAGCAGUUCGUGAAGCUGCACAUAUGAUGCUUUGAUUGCUUUAAAAAAAAAAAAAAUCAAAGUUUCUACUUCCUCUUGGGUUUUUUGUUUGGUUGUUUUUUUUAAGGGAUAAAUUUUUGCCUAAAAUUUUGAGUAAAAACUGUAGAAGAAUUCCUUUUGUGCUUUCUUGAUAUCAAAGUAAACCAAGCUGGUGCCCAAACAUGGGGAAUAAAAGAACGUGUUACAAAUAUGUACAUUUAUAAACUGUGUUGGAGGAAUAAAAAUACAUUUUUAAAAA